UCAGUCAUUGCUCGCUCACAGCAGACCAUCGCAGCAGCAGCAAUGAGGAUCCUGGUGUGUGUGUACCUGUGCGGUCUAGCCCUCGCUGUCCUCGCUGAGGAGGAGCAGAAGGUGAAGACAGAGAAGAGAGGACUCUCUGGCUCCCUUGGUGGAUACGGUGGAGGCUUCGGUGGAGGCUACGGAGGCGGCUACGGUGGAGGCUACGGAGGCGGCUACGGUGGUGGCUAUGGAGGUGGCUACGGAGGCGGAUAUGGAGGCGGCUUCGCUGGUGGACUAGGAGGCGGUCUUGGCGGCGGCAUUGGAGCUGGCAUCGGUGGUGGGGCCCCUCAGGUCACUGUCAACAGCGUGCCCGUCCCUGUCCCAGUACCUGUGGAGAGGACCAUCCCAGUGCCCGUGAGGGUCCCAGUCACAGUCCCUGUGGAGCGUCCUGUUCCCGUCCAGGUGCCACAGCCGUACCCUGUCCCUGUAGACAACCCUGUGCCCGUCCCUGUCAAGGUCCCCACCCCUGUGUCCGUCCCAGUACCUCAGCCCUACGUCGUUAAGCGUCCAGUGCCCUACGUCGUCAGCGCUGGCCACGGUGGUCUCGGCGGAGGACUCGGCGGUGGUCUCGGAGGAGGCCUCGCAGGAAAAUUCGGUGGAGGCUACGGCGGCGGCUUCGGCGGAGGAUACGGCGGAGCUGUCGGUGGCUUUGGAGGACUUGGGGGGUACGGAAAAUACGGACGCCGUAAUUGUGCUGUGGUGAACGUGGGGCAGGCGGACGUUAGCUUGCUAGAGGUGUGCGUGUAUCUGUGCGGUGUGGCCCUGUCCGUCCUAGCCGAGGAGGAGCAGCCAGUGAAAGAGAAGCGAGGACUCUCCGGUUCACUGGGUGGUUAUGGUGGCGGCUACGGUCUGGGAGGUGGCUACAGUGGUGGCUAUGGAGGCGGCUACGGUGGCGGCUAUGGAGGCGGCUACGGAGGUGGAUACGCUGGUGGACUCGGAGGCGGCCUUGCAGGCGGCAUCGGGUCCGGCAUUGGAGGGGGACAACCACAGAUCACUGUCAACAGAAUACCUGUCCGGGUCCCAGUCCCUGUGGAGAGGAUCGUUCGAGUGCCUGUGAAGGUCCCAUUCACAGUAACUGUGGACCGGCCUGUCCCUGUGCAGGUGCCACAGCCGUACCCUGUCCCUGUAGACAACCCUGUGCCCGUCCCUGUCAAGGUCCCCACCCCAGUGUCUGUCCCAGUUCCUCAGCCCUACGUCGUUAAGCGUCCAGUGCCCUACGUCGUCAGCGCUGGUCACGGCGGUAUCGGAGGAGGCCUUGGCGGUGGUCUUGGAGGAGGUUACAGUGGUGGCCUUGCUGGAGGAUACGGUGGAGUUGCCGGUGGCUUUGGAGGACUUGGGGGCUACGGAAAGUAUGGCCACUGAAUUCUGGAGCCAAACCCAACAACUUGACCCAUACAUGCCACCAGUAUCCAUAGUAAUGGAAUGUAAAAGCUUUAAAAAUAAAUUUUUCA